AUGGCGAAUAGCGGGCUGACAGUGCCUCUGGUCAUGAUGAGCAUGUUCUGGGGCUUCUUCGGCCUCCUCCUGCCCUGGUUCAUCCCCAAGGGGCCUGUCCGGGGAGUUAUCAUUACCAUGUUAGUGACCUGUUCAGUGUGUUGCUAUCUCUUUUGGCUUAUUGCAAUUCUGGCCCAGCUCAACCCUCUAUUUGGACCACAAUUGAAAAAUGGAACUAUCUGA